AUGUUUGGACGCACCGAAACAAACAAGGACAGUUUUCUCGUCCAAACGAAAGCGGCACGGGAAGAGCGUGCCAAUGAACGGGCACAGGAAGAACGGCGGGACCGUUCGAUAUUGCUGCUUCAGCGCAACAUCCGCGGAUGGUUGGCACGUACCAAAUUUCGCCAAACCAUUCUCACCGAAUUCGACGAACUGCUUCCACCGGUCACAAAUGUUGGUAAACCGAUCGACCUUAAACCGAGCCUUGCCGUGUAUUGUGCCGCUAGUCACUUUCUGCUGCAGUGGAAAGCGGAGACGAGCGCACCAGAGUCAGCUCAACAUCGGGACCGGCUGGAACGUUUGUGUCGCUAUUUAGUCGCUAGCCUUGAAUCGGAUUCACCCAAAACUAGCUACAUUGGUGUUGCGUUCAAUAAGGAACUAAGCUUAGCUUGGAUACGCCACAUCAAGAAACUGCUGUAUCGAUGUUGUACAGCGAUCGAGCUGCUUAAACCCGAGGUACACAGCGACAGCAUAUCAUUGGCCUUAUAUUUGCACACGCUGGUCGCGUUUACGUCGAUCAACAGUUGGGCACUGUUGCGCAAUAAAUCGUUGGCCGGCCUAAAGCCCGGUAUGAUGCAGCUUUGCGCGAAUGUGAUGGGCGAUCUCGUACAGAAGGGGUUCUAUCUAACGUUGCGCCAGGUGCUGGUGAAAGGCACCUGUCGGCCGGUAGUGAAUCUGAAACCCAUCUCGCUUACCGCGCUCGUAACGCUUGCCCUACGUCCGCUCGUAUCGUCCGGGUAUAGCGAGAACCUUCUCAGCCAAUUUCUGGUGCAGAUCCUCUCCGUACCGGGUAUGAUCGCGCAGCUCGAACAGCUCACACCCGAAUGUCUGGUAAGCAUUCAAUCGCACGGAACGCUGGAAAAAACGCUCGACCUGCUCGCCGGUGAACAGUCGACCAAGUUUGUGGUGGCCAGCCUGCAGAAUAGCAAUCUGCUCGCGUUGCUUGCCAACCUGGUGCAGCUGUACUAUCUGGAACCGCCGGAAAAUGCGGCCAAACUGGCCUAUCCCGCAUUCACGUUCGUCGUGACGCAGCUACUGAACGGUAUACUGAACAGCUUGGCCCAGGCCGGUGGUGCCUUCACGCAGUGGCACGAACUGCUCGGGUGGUUUUCGCCCGGCAAGGAUCGGCUGCAGCACGAAAAUUUACCGCUGAUCAAGAAGCAGAUCCAUCUGCUGUGGAACCAUCGGAUCGUGAAGCUGCUGCUGGGAGACAAUCUGAAGGAGCUUGCGGUCGGGUACGAGACGAUUGAUUAUCCCAUCCCAUCCGGUAACAGUACGGGGAAUUUGUUGAAGCGUGCACUCACAUUUGAACGUAGCUCGAUGAAGGGACAGCCGAACAAGGCGGGGAAAACGUACCGAAAGCUCGGUUCGGCUGAAGUGUCCCGGGUUGCCCUAACCUGCUCGAUGUAUCAUGCGGCACUGAGUGCGUUGUCGCAGCUGCGCUUGGACAUUCUUUCGGGUCUUUGCUAUAACGAUACGGUGCUACACGAUCUUUGGCUGCUGCUCGGAUCGAUCGGUCCGAACUGUGGUCUAAAAGGGUUCAUCGAGCUGCUGCAAGUUAGUCAAACGAAUUACGCACCACCACUGCUGCUGCUGUCACUGUUUUGCGACUGCAUGACCCACUACGUAACUAUUUUAGAUGAUUUGGAAAUGUACGAACAGCAGACACCGUUCACGCUGAACGACUACAUUGUGCUGUCGCACUUUUUGAACACAUUCCUGUACCGCACCAUUCAGGACCAGAUACUGGACGCCAAGACGGCAACCAGCGCACCACUGUUCGUGUCCAUACACACGCUGCUGCUAUGUCUGUACCGGCGUGACUGUCGGCGACAGUUUGCCCCGCCGAACCAUUGGCUGAUCCGGGACAUACGGCCUUCCCACUUUCUAGCCGAUCUCGAAAAGGGUAAAAAACACACCCAGAUUCUGUUGCAGAAGAUGCCCCACAUCAUACCGCACGAGGACCGGGUGCAGCUGUUCCGGAAGUUUGUACAGAAUGAAAAAGCGGUACUCGGGUUGACGGAAUCGGCCUGUGCAUCACCGAGCUCCGCGCUGGUCACCGUCCAUCGGGAUCGUAUCGUCGAGGAUGGCUAUCGGCAGCUGGCCGCAUUACCGCCGCAUGGGUUAAAAGGUGUGAUACGGGUACGGUUCAUCAACCAGCAGGGUUUGGACGAGGCGGGUAUCGAUCAGGACGGUGUGUUUAAGGAGUUUUUGGAGGAAACGAUCAAGCGGGUGUUUGACCCGUCGUUGAAUCUGUUUAAGACGACCACCGAACAGCGACUCUAUCCAUCGCCCACCUCCCACAUGCAGGAAAACCAUCUGGCCUUGUUCGAGUUUGUGGGCCGAAUGUUGGGCAAAGCGGUUUACGAGGGCAUUGUCGUGGAUGUACCGUUUGCGUCGUUCUUCCUCUCGCAAGUGCUCGGACAGACGCAGCAGGCAUUGUACAGCUGCAUGGAUGAGUUACCGUCGCUCGACAAGGAACUGUACCGUAGCUUAACGUUCAUCAAACACUACCAGGGUGAUGUUGCUGAUCUGGACCUAACGUUCAGCGUGGACGAGGAUGUGAUGGGAAAGAUAGUGACGCACGAACUGCAUCCCGGUGGUAAAGCACGAGCAGUUAAUAACGAUAAUAAGAUUAAUUACAUCCACUACAUGGCUUACUUUCGCAUGCAUACACAAAUCCGCGAUCAAACGGCCGCCUUUAUACGCGGAUUUCGAUGCAUUGUUAAUCCGGACUGGUUGGCGCUGUUUUCCACACCGGAACUGCAAAGACUUAUAUCGGGCGACACAUCCCCAUUGGAUUUGAAGGAUCUGCGCAAACAUACCCAGUAUUACGGUGGGUUCCACGACGGUCAUCGGGUGGUCGGUUGGCUGUGGGAUAUUCUUGCCAAAGAUUUCACCGAGGAGGAGAAAAAAUUGUUCCUCAAGUUUGUAACGAGCUGUUCGAAACCGCCACUGCUUGGUUUCGCUCAUUUGGAGCCCCCGUUUUCCAUACGUUGCGUGGAGGUGGGCGAUGAUGAGGACAUCGGCGAUACGGUUGGUUCUGUCAUUCGAGGGUUCUUUACCAUCCGCAAGAAGGAUCCACUGAACCGGCUGCCCACUUCGUCCACCUGCUUCAAUCUGCUCAAGCUGCCGAACUAUCAGAAGAAGAGCAUGCUGCGGGAUAAGCUCCGGUAUGCAAUAUCUAGCAACACCGGGUUCGAGCUGUCUUAA